UCUAUGUUUAUCUGUUUUCCAGAAGCAGUUAGAAGGAAAAUGAAGCCCAUCUUCACCUUGUGUUUAUUGCUGGCUGGUUUGUAUACUGCUGCCCACUGUCACCAGCAUCCUCACUAUCCCAAUAAGCAGGAUGAACCUAAAGGGACUUAUUACCCAGGAUGCAGUUCUCAUGGGAAAGGAGUUUAUCCAGUUAAGAACAAUACUUUUGGUAAACUAGUUUCCAGCAAUGCUGACUUUGCAUUCUUAUUUUACAAGCUGAUUGCAUCCGAAGCAACUGAUCAAAAUAUUUUCUUUUCACCCAUAAGCAUCUCUGCUUCCUUUGCAAUGCUGGCACUCGGUGCUAAGUCAGCAACACUGACACAGAUUCUGGAAGGACUUGCCUUUAACCUGGAAAACACUCAGGAGCAGGAAAUACAUGAAGGUUUUUGCCAGCUCCUCCACAUGUUGAACCACCCAGACAGUGAACUCCAGCUGAGCCUGGGCAAUGCACUUUUUAUAGAUGAGACACUAAAACCACUACAGGAGUUCCUGGAUGAUGUCAAAAGCUUUUAUGAAUCUGAAAUCUUUUCUACUGACUUUAACAACUCCUCUGGUGCAAAGAAUCAGAUCAACAGUUAUAUUGAGGAAAAGACAAAUGGGAAAAUUGCUAAACUAGUGGAAAAUCUUGAUCCUUUCACCACAAUGGUUCUUGUUAACUACGUCUUCUUUAAAGCCCAGUGGGAGAAACCCUUCAGUACUUCAUAUACAAAACAGGAGGACUUUUUUGUGGAUCAGGAGACAUCUGUAAAAGUUGACAUGAUGUAUCGAAAGGGUUACUACAGAACUUACUUUGAUGAAGAACUGUCCUGUUGGCUGGUUCAGAUACCUUACAAUGGAAAUGCUGCAGCAUUAUUUGUUUUGCCUGACAAAGGAAAGAUGAAGCAAGUGGAAGAUGCUCUCUUGAAAAGGACUGUAUCUAAAUGGGGAAAGUUCCUUCGAAACAAGAAAAUACAUCUGCACAUUCCAAAACUUUGUAUUUCUGGUACCUAUGAUGUGAAAAGUAUAGUCAAACAAGUGGGGAUGAUUGAUCUGUUCACUGAACAAGCUGAUCUGUCAGGGAUUACUGAGGAGCCUGGACUAAUGGUUGCAAAAGUGAUCCACAAAGCCAUACUGAAUGUUCAUGAAAAUGGCACUGAAGCAGCUGGAGCCACGGUUAAGGAGAUUACCUGGAGAUCUGGUGAUUUUCCUCAUCCACCUCGAAUCAGAUUCAACAGGCCUUUUCUCCUGGCAAUUCUGGAUAAAUACACCCACACCAUCCUUUUCAUGGGAAAAAUCGUAAACCCUCUGAAAAAUGACUGA